AUGCCGACGAAAAUUCCUGCGUCCGCUGGCCCAAAUGACAAGUCUGGAAACAAAAAGCGCAAGGACCCGCCCUCUCUGUCAACAGGAAAUCAGAGAACCGGACGCGAUUUUAAACGCGUAAAGUUUGACGCGCGAACAAUUUUGACACAAUCUACAGACAAGGCUCUCCAAAAUGGCGAGUUGAACUUGGCGUCUUUCAUGAACGCUCGCGAAUUUGAAAUCAAAGCGCUGCAAAAUGGCAUACAAAAGUCGAAAAAGAGCGGGACAACCAGGGCAUUUCAGCAAGUUCCGCGGGAUAUGCGAAGGCGGACGGCAAGUCACAAUGUCAAGAGGGUACCGAAACGAUUGCAAAAGAGAGCUGCGAAGGAGAUGAAAAAUGACAAUACCCCGACUAUUACUGCGAAUAAGAGAAGGCCUAGGAGUUCCAGAGGAAGGCUCCGGGCGGAAACUGCAAAACGACUGGGCAUACUGGCCGCGAAGAAAAGGGCUACCAAAGAGAAGAAGGUUGGUGAGACAGGCAUUGAGACUCGAGCUCCGCGACCCAAGAUCCGGAAGGAUGCUCUGAACGAUCCUCCGAAGCCCAAGUCGAAAUUCAGGAAGAGGCAGAUACACAAGACAUGGCUACCGACACAUCUAUGGCAUGCCAAGAGGGCGACGAUGACUGGGCCCAAGAACCCCAUGUGGAGAUUUUCUUUACCGCUUACUUCGACAGCGAAGUCUUACAGACCAACACAUCGAGCCAGUGGAGCAGGCGGUGCCGUAGCUUGGGACAUGAGCUACAUGAGCACAAUCGGUCUGGAAGGCCCCGAGGCAAGCUUAGAGAAACUUUUGAAAGCAAUUGGCAUCACAGAACAAGGAUUGUGCGAAGUAAAGGGCACCAAAUGGAGGCAAGGUAAGCGAACUUGGAGUGGAUGGUUGUGUAGAGAAGUCAAGGAGCAAUCGAUUCCCAUCGGUCCUUCUACCGUGUUAUGGUGCCCUGUGCAAUCCCCAACAGACAGUGAUGAUGCUUCCAACGAGCCCAAGAAGCCAACAAAACGGAGAGUGGUCUUAAGGAUACAUCCUUCUACAUUUCUUGAACUAUGGACUGAGCUUCUCAGGCUAUCAAAGCUCCAACGGCCAGUAGUGCACAUUGAGGAUCUCAGAUUCGAGAUUGGCAGCAUUGAUAUAGUCGGACCCUCAUCGACUGAAGCGUUGCUCGCAAUUUUGCAUCCAUAUGACGAAUCAGAAGAGCAUGCCAGCACGUUUUUGUCCCUCAAGGGCGUUACGAAUCCAGGAUCCUUGCCUCCCAACUCAAUACUACAUUUUUCUAUCAUGGAUCCUCGACUUCGCUAUCCCCCAAGACCCGUCAAGCUAUCUCAAAUUAACAGCGAAGAGGCCAGUUUCAAACUCCUUGAAUUGCUCUCUACUUGGCCCGUUGAUGGGUCUAUCGGAACUUCAGCAUUGUUCGAGAGAGAUGCCCGAUUUAAAGCAACCCGUCUACCAUCUCAAAAGGCACUUAAUAGGCGAAAGUCCCUUGCACCCCCAGGAGAAUUUCCAGCUAUAAAACAGACUGAUCCGAAAAUACCUCUCACGCUCAUGGCUUCUAGAUCAACAUCGUCUAAUUCUGCACAAGGUACCUGGACACUGUUAGCUCCUUGGAAGUGCAUCCUACCAAUCUGGUACGGGUUGAUGCACUGUCCACUAUCUUCUGGAGGAAACCCGCGCUUUGGUGGCCAGCAAGAACUACGCCAGAUUCAUUUUGAGCAGGGCGUACCUUACUUUCCCAACGAUUUCCCUGGAACUAAUGCUGGGUUUCAGUGGGAGGCUGAUGAAAGACUACGGAGGAAAGCUGACUGGGACAAGAGGCCCAAAGGUAAAAGAAUAGAAUGGGACUCGCUAAGCCUCGGGGCUGGAAGGAAGGGGGAAAUAGGUAGAGGUUGGGCCUGCGAUUUUGAGCGGAUCGUGGGAGUGGAGCCAUUGCCUGCCAGCGGUGUCUCUACAGACCCAUCUCAGGAGUCCCAGAGGCCUUCAGUCCAUCUUCCUAAGGCUCACAUCCCGACUCAGCACCUUCCUAGCAAAAGUUUCAAAUCUCUCGUCUCAGCCUCGGAGUACGAGCUUCCAUCGCCAAACACCGUCGCCACAGUCCGCCUCAAGCUCGUAACCCGCGGGCUCGCAUCGCCCUGUGCACGCAUCUACCGACUCCCUGGCGCAACCGAUGCUCCUUCAUCUAUUACUUCAGACCCAUCCAUCACCACUUCUUUACCAGCAGCCAGCCGCGAAGAGUGGCUAGCUCUUCUACCCCCUCCAGCCGGCUCAAAGCUCCCCCAAAACCCAAAAGCCAGAGCUGCUCAAAGACCUGGUCGGAUCCCGCUGAAUACGCCUCUGCCGCAGCGGGUCUUGCUAUUGGCACACUCACUGCUUCAAGGCCCAGCACUUCCGUAUCCUGCGACGAGGAGAGAUGGGGAUGACCACCCGCUUGUGCCUGAUGAGGAGGAUCUUAUUGGGUUUGUUACGACGGGUGAAUUCAAUCUUGCAGAGGGCAAGGGGGUUGCUGUUGGUAGUGUGGUUGUGCAGAGGGUUCUCGAAGGGUUGAAGAGGGAUAAGAAGAGUAAGGAGGGGAGACUCUGUAUUGUGAGGAAUGCAGGGGAGAAAAUGGGGAGGCUGGCUAGGUGGGAGCCUGUGUGA